AUAAAAACAAACCCAACUCAACUCAUACUCCCAAACUUCAAAAUUCUUCCAUUUCUGUUUCGUAAAUUUCUCCGUUGAAAAGGAGAGACCAAAUAGGCCAUCCAUCUUUCAAAUCCAACGGCCCAGAUCGCAACGACUUAGCCUAGAUCUGAUUCCAGACACCACCUACUGGAUCCGUCAUGCCGGUGGCUGCUUCCGCCAUUUACUUCUUGAAUCUCCGAGGCGAUGUUCUCAUCAAUCGUCUCUAUCGCGAUGAUGUUGGGGGAAAUAUGGUGGAUGCUUUUCGAACACAUAUAAUGCAAACUAAAGAACUUGGUACAUGUCCUGUACGACAAAUAGGGGGCUGUUCUUUCUUCUACAUGAGAAUAAGCAACGUUUACAUUGUGAUUGUUGUCAGCAGCAAUGCAAAUGUAGCUUGUGCGUUCAAGUUUGUUGUUGAGGCGGUUGCGUUGUUCAAAUCUUAUUUUGGUGGGGCUUUUGACGAAGAUGCAAUUCGCAAUAAUUUUGUUCUGAUUUAUGAACUGUUAGAUGAAAUUAUGGAUUUUGGUUACCCACAAAAUCUUUCACCGGAAAUUUUGAAGUUGUACAUCACUCAAGAAGGGGUUCGUUCACCAUUUUCUUCUAAGCCCACGGAUAAGCCUGUUCCUAAUGCAACUCUACAAGUUACAGGUGCUGUUGGUUGGCGGAGAGAAGGCCUUGUUUAUAAAAAGAAUGAGGUGUUUUUGGAUAUUGUGGAAAGUGUAAAUCUUCUUAUGUCUUCAAAAGGUAGUGUUUUGCGUUGUGAUGUAACUGGAAAGAUCCUAAUGAAGUGCUUUCUCUCUGGAAUGCCUGAUUUGAAGUUGGGUUUAAAUGAUAAGAUUGGCCUUGAAAAAGAGUCGCAACUUAAAUCUCGUCCAACAAAAAGUGGUAAAACUAUUGAGCUUGACGAUGUUACCUUUCAUCAAUGUGUGAACUUGACGAGGUUUAAUUCAGAGAAGACUGUCAGUUUUGUGCCACCAGACGGUGAAUUUGAAUUGAUGAAGUACCGUAUUACUGAAGGUGUGAAUCUUCCAUUCCGAGUGUUGCCUACAAUCAAGGAACUUGGUAGAACACGCAUGGAAGUAAAUGUGAAGGUGAAGAGUGUCUUUGGUGCAAAAAUGUUUGCGCUUGGGGUUGUCAUUAAAAUACCUGUACCGAAACAAACAGCUAAAACAAGUUUUCAAGUUACAUCUGGUCGGGCUAAAUAUAAUGCAGCUAUUGAUUGCUUAGUCUGGAAGAUAAGAAAAUUUCCUGGGCAAACUGAGCCAACAAUGAGUGCAGAAGUUGAGCUGAUUUCAACAAUGACAGAAAAGAAGUCCUGGACAAGGCCACCAAUUCAGAUGGAGUUCCAGGUUCCAAUGUUUACAGCAUCCGGUCUACGUGUACGUUUUCUCAAGGUAUGGGAGAAGAGUGGAUACAACACAGUUGAGUGGGUUCGCUAUAUCACGAAAGCUGGCUCAUACGAAAUUAGGUGCUAAAAAACUUCGGGGUAUUGACGCAAGAAUUGAGAUAUUUGAAUUUGGAGAUUUAUAAAUUUGUUAUUCGAUCAGAAAGUUGUUGCAAGACUGUCUUGUUAGCAAUAAAUCAUUAGGGCAUUUUUUGUUGUUGUUGGUUAUAGUGUUAUGUCGAUAUGAUUGUUUGUGUUAAUUACUUUUGUUUGAUAUCUUGUUGUAAAUGCUAGCUAUUUUUUCCCAUCCUCUUACAACUGGCCAUGUGAGAAUUUCUUUGAUCUGCCCAUUUUGGAGACCAACUUCUUGGUUUGAAUUUUGCCAAAAUUCUGCUGUUGUAGUGACAAAAAUUGCGAGUGAAGAAUACUUGACUUGAGAUAUA